UACACCAGGCAGCCAACUGGAGGGGAUAGAGAGCGAGAGAGAGAGUGUGUGUGUGUGUGUAUGUGUGUGUGACAUGACGGAGGCGUACGCAUCACCUUGUCUACUCUCUCCGCCGCCACCACGCCACCAGAGUCCACAUUUCUGCGGAUGAGCACACAGGAUUGAGUACCAAACCCAUAUAGGACUACAAUAGAACUACCAUAAGUCUCCUUCUGACCGCUGUCAUCAAUAGCACAGUUUUGGUGCCAGUUGUUAUUAGAAUUGAAAUUAGAAUUGAAUUUGUACAUUGUGCGGUGUUGUAGAACAUAACACAAGACAGGGUUUCAGUAGGGCUGAUGGUGGAUCGCCAUGCAGACAUAGAGCUUGUGUUCUGAUGGAGGAUCGCCAUGCAGACAGCAUAGGGCUUGUGUACUUGUCUUGAGCUGUGCGGCUGUUGGGCUGUACUUCCGGGAGGAUUGCGCCUGGAACGCACCACCAAAUACUGGACGGACAGACAGAGAAGAAGACAAGGACUGGAGACCAGGAGACCGGGGAGAAGGGACAUCGGCGGCGCCGCACAACACCGGGCAAGGGGAGCAAGAGCUCAUGUAGAAUGAGAGAGAGGGGGAGACGCACGGACAGACAGCGGAGGAAGAAAUGCAGGGAGAGGUGAGGGCGAACGAACGAACGCCAGCCAGCGGGACAAACGAGUGGAGUGACCUGCCCUCUCUGAACUCUCUAUGGAUUCUCCGCUAAAUGAUCUGUGGUGAUCGAGAGCAUAUUUCAGAGUGACUCAUGAGGACUCUUCACUCCGCCCACGGCAGCGGCUGCCCCUGGCGACGCCACCAUGCUUUUUAAAGGCACCGUAACCACGCCUUUUAACCCUUUCAUCAUUACGGAUUUCCCCCCAGUGCUUCUAGAAUUUUACCCGAGCAUUCUACAGCUCCCUUAGAACUCUGUGUUUUAAAAGAAACAGUAUUUGUGACAUCAUAGAGACAAACUCAAAGAUGACAGGAGGAGGCGCGAUGGAGAAGAGAGACAGACACUACAACCGCAUACUGUGAAGUGAUGCUAUCGACACCUCCCUCUCUCUGUCUGACCUCCUCUUCUCUAUAAAUCCCCAGGUGAUUGCUUUGGGGGAGUAGGAAGUCACGGAGCAGACAGAAACACUCCUGACCAACUGAUUGUCCUGAUUAAAAACAAAACGUGUGCUCAGAAAAACGCAACGCCAUUUUGUGAUGUGACCAUGUGUGUGGACGCAUCCAGCAUCCAAGCAUCCCUCUGGUCCAAGUCCUGACCCUCAUCUCUCACUGAGCUGCCGUGAAGAAGAAGAGCUAAAGAAUUGGUCUCGAGCAAUUUAAUCUGGCAGCUAAAGGUGUGUGGUGACCCAGUAUUGGGUAGUGGUGACCCAGUGUUGGGCAGGCAUAUAGAGUAGAGUAGAGCAGCUCAUCAGAAGUCCCUGCACAGGGAAGGGGCAAGUAGCUGAGGGGGGAAAGGGUAGAGGCGGUGAGGGGAGAAGGGUCUAUCUCGAUCACCGCCACCAUCUGAGAUCAAGCACUCCUGCCAAGCUGAAGAGGGGGAGGUGAUUUAGAUUAGAUUAGAUUAGAUUAGAUUAGAUUAGAUUAGAUUCGAUUAGAUUAGAUUAUCCUUUAUUGUCUCUUCGGGAGAGAGAAAUUCAGAGUGGACAUGAGAAAGUGUGAUUCACAGUUCACCACCACAUCAGAUCAGCAGCACAACAGACAGACUUAAGGACAAACAAAGAAACAAACAGACAUAUAAACAACAGGGUAACAGACAACCAUUGUUAGUGUUACACGCAAACAUUCCAAUUUUGGCCCCUCUGGAGUCAUCGAAAGAAAUAAUACAAACCUAGAUACUGCACAUAGGAGCCAUAAUACCCAGCACAGAGAAGGGGCAAGUAGCUGAGGCGGGAAAGGGUAACGGUGUGGUGAGGGGAGGGUGAGAGGAAGGCUUGAUUGCCGAAACGCGUUUGCUUUUUGGACAUGGUGGUAAUAUAAAUAAGUAAUGAAACGCGUUUGCUUUUUGGACAUGGUGGUAAUAUAAAUAAGUAAUGAAACGCAGUUUGUGAGUGCGGAAUUUUUCUUCCUAAAGUUGAUACAUUUUAUUGCGCACCCAAAGACUUCUGUUUUUUCCAAGAAGUUGAGUGCAUCCUUUGCCAAAACUUGAGGGUCUAUCACCCCCCCACCAUCUGAGACUAAGCACACCUGUUAAACUGACGAGGGGGGGUUGAUAGGAGCCGUAUAUAUAUAUACCUCCUCCAGCACCAUGAUGGAGAAGUUGGAGUCUGCCCCCGCUGCUGUCUGCUCCCCUCUUGGUCCUCAGGGGGGGGCGUGCUCCGUGUUGCUGUCCCCCCUCUCCCCCCCACCCCCACCUCCUCCUCCUCCUCCUCCUCCAGCCUCACGGACCCUCCACCGCCUCCCCAGUACCACCAGUAGCAGCAGCAGCAGCAGCAGCGCAGCCGGCAGCCCCCCCCCACCAGCGGCCAACGGGGACCACCGGAGCCGGGCGGACACACGGCAGGACAAGACGCGGCAGGAUGCCCCCCCUCCCAACACCACCACCGCCACGUCUCCACACGAGCCGGUCGCCAUGGUGCUGAAGAAGGCGAAGGUGGAGGAGGAGGAGGAAGUGGAGGGGGAGCAGAACAGGAAGGAGCGGGACAGGGACAGCCAGGGAGAGAACUCAGACUCCACACGGACUCCACCUCCUCCUCCUCCUCCUCCUCCUCCUCCUCCUCUUCAUCCUCCUCCUCCUCCUCUUCUUCAUCCUCCUCAUCCUCCUCCUCAUCCUCCUGCAACAGCCUUGGUGGUGGUGUCCUCUGUCAGCGAGCCACGUGUUACCGCGACCUCCUCACCGGGUCACACUCUGACCCCCUCUAACGCCCCUCCCACCUCCUCCUCAGCACCUCCCUCCUCCUCCUCCUCCUCCUCCUCCUCCUCUACCUCCUCAGUGAAGCCGGCCUCCUCCCCCUUGCCUCCCUCCUCCUCCUCCUCCACCUCCUCAGUGAAGCCGGCCUCCUCCACCCCCUUGCCCCCCAACAUCCCCGUGAUCAGCCUGGGCCACAGCAAGCCCCCUCUGCAACCCCUCCGCCUGCCUCCCCCCCUGCACCACCAGCAGCUGACGGCCCUGCACCCCAUCCCCAAUCUUCCCCCCCACGGGCCCCCCCUGGACACACGGCUUCCCCAGCUGAGUGGCCUGGCUGGGGCCAACGCCAUGGGCGGCGCCAUGCCCCCCUCUGGCCCCCCCCUGCUGCCGGGAGGAUACCACCUACUGAACAGCUCCUUCCUUGGACCACCUGGCGGCUUCGGGAUCUUUGGCAACAGCCGCCUCAAGCGGAGACCUUCCACACACUUUGAAAUGGAGAUACCGGAGACGGGUCCUCCGCAGAAGAUUGCGCGGCGCGUCUUCACCAACAGCCGUGAGCGCUGGCGUCAGCAGAACGUAAACGGCGCCUUCUCGGAGCUGCGCAAGCUCAUCCCCACGCACCCGCCCGACAAGAAGCUCAGCAAGAACGAGAUCCUGCGACUCGCCAUGAAGUACAUCAACUUCCUGGUCAAGCUGCUGAACGACCAGGCCAGCGACAAGGCCUCCUCGCUGCAGCCAGGGGAAGUGUUUGGUGAGGAGGAGGAGGAGGAGGAGAAGGAGGAAGAGGAGGAGGAGGACAGGCUAGAGGAGGAGGAGGAGGAGGAAGAUGGAGGAGAGGAGGACGAGGAGGAGGGAGGUGGGCGUGAGAAGCAGGAGGGACAGAAAAGAGGCAGAAAGACUACUCACAGGGGAGCUAAGCGCCACCACCACCUCCACCUCCUCCGUGGCCAGGCGCUCUCCUCCUCCCAUCCCCCACUACCCAGCAUGCCCCUCUCCCAGGCCCUGAUGCGGACCACUCUGGCCGUCACGCGCUGCAUGGAGCGAGAGCGAGACGCGGACGCUCUGAUGGCCUUGGGGGGGUCGUCGUCGCCUGGUGGCUCGAGUUGCUAUGGCGACACGGACAGUGAGGAGAGCCUUGGGGGGGGCAGGAGCUCAGGACUGAAGGCAGCCGGGGGGGGCAUGAUGACGGAGAAGGUGAAGCAGCAGCAGGUCCGGACGGUGGCCAUCUCCGGCCUCCAGCGGUGACCUUUGACCCCCUGACCCCUGACCUCUGACCUCUGACCAGGGGCGGGGCUAUGGGGGGAGGGCAAGCAGGGCAUUUGCCCCAGGGGGGCAGGGCCCUCCUGUAUUGGUCUUGAGGGCCCUGUCGUAUUCUGACCUUAGCAAGCCGUAUGGAGGGGCCCUACAAGUGUCUUGCACUGGGGCCCUGUUGAGCAUUGUUCCGCCACUGCCUCUGACGAUUUCUCAAGACGGCAGGCGCAUCUUGUCACCGGGGACGGAGGUGGUUGCUUUGGACACCAAGACGCCAGAUGGCGGUGACCUCUGCCGACCUCCAGGCACGUCUUGUCCACCAGGCAGGCGGUCGCUUGGUGAACCAAGAUGGCGAUUGACAGCUCACACUGUAAAAUUUCAGUCAGACACGAUUUCUUUCAAACUUUCAUUCCUUUGAGUUUUCUCUUGAUCCCAAAAUGGACUGCUGUGGAGAAGCCAAACUGACAAAUACAAACAUGGCGAUGGACAGAAACAUUGUUCAGACACCACAGAGUCAUGGACAUUACCUGCAAACACACAGUUGUGAUUUUUUUGUGUUUUGUGCUCAAGUGUUACACAAACUUGUUGAUAUUUGAUAUGUAGCCUAAGAAUAGUGGUCAUCUAGUUUACAUCUAUGUUUUGUGCAUCUUUAUUCAUGAGGGCCAGAAAGGGCAAUGUUUUAUUGCAUUAGAGAUACGAAUAGAACCACAUGACACAUGGAUUUUUAAAGGGGCCAUAUUAUAUGAAAACACUUUUCACAUGUUUUGUAUUUGGAUCUGUGUCACUCACAGCACCCAAAAAAGAAGUAAUAAUUUUGGUCAGGUAUAGUAUUAUGCUUCUAGGCCUAUAAUUGAAACAGGUGGAUGAACAAGUAUUCAGUAUACAUGUAUAGAGAAACAUUGUUGAACAAUACCAAAUAUAUAGAGCCUAUGAUUUCAAUGAGCUGAAUUAUGCUAACAGUGGUAGGCUCACUAUGACAUGUGUUAAAAAACAAUCCCUAAAUGGUAUGUUACAGGUGCACUAUGUCAUAUUUCAUCAGCCGUUUAUUUCCAGAAUUCAUGCUGCCCAUUUGCAAAUGUUACCUUUUUCAUGAGUACUUACCACCACCAUCAAAUUUUAUAUAUUCAUCGUGACUGGGAAAAUUGCACUUUUCACAUGUGAAAAGGUGGAUCUUGUGGAUCGCUGUGGCGUAGCGCGCUAAGCCCCCCACAUUUGGGCUUGCAUGCCCACCCACAGGGACCACAGGAGCCGUUCAGUCCGGCCUGGGGUCAUUUCCUGAUCCUCCCCUGUCUCUGUCCCAUUCGCUUCUUGUCACCAUCUUCAACUGUCCUGUCAAAUAAAGGCAUAAAAUCCCCUAAAAAAACAUUAAAAAAAGAAAAAGAAAAAGUGGAUCUCCUCCAUGUACGCCAUUUUGAAUUUGCGGCAAAACGUACUAUACUUUGGUCAUACUUGUACAUUAGUUCAUUAUUUAGUAAUUCAUGAAAAUAACAAAUUUGGCAAUAGGCAGCACAGUUUCAUUGAGCAGCAUAGUUGCAAUACUCUGGCCACCAUCCUACACAGUGCACAUUUAAGAACUUCAUGACCAUAACAAUAGCUAUAAACGUGUUCAAAAAGAGUAUAAUAUGGUCCCUUUAAGGUUUUGCAUCAAAUUAGUAGCAUGAAUAUGUUUGUCAUAAAAGAUUGUCAUACUGCAACGAUGCACUGUGGUACAGGGGUAGAAAGAAAGUUUCUCUGUGAUCUCGCUGCAUUAAUUUUAAAUGUUAUACCAUACCCUCAAUAAACAAGGAGUUGAUGAACAGAGAAAUGAUGCAUGGGAUGCACUAA